AGUAGUGCGAUGUAUGGAAUUUUGCAGUGUUAACUCACAUGUACCACGGAAAUCACAUAUGCAAAUAUUUAUAUUUCUUCUCUUGCUCGGCUAUGGCUGGGCGAGGUUCCUGCCCAACGGGUGUCCAGCCGAUUUCAAUGUCCACCUCCUACUUCCCCAUGAAACCGACUGCACCAAGUUCUACCAGUGCAGCAAUGGCAAUAAAAUUACCAUGCAAUGCGGAAGAGGAACUGCCUUCGAUGUAGAAUUACAGACAUGUAAUUGGGCUGAUGCAGUUGGUUGCAAUCAACCAACCCCGUCAACAACGACGACAACGACAAAAACGCCAACGACAACAACAAGGGCGCCGUCGACAACGACAAGGGCGCCAUCAACGACGACAGGGGCGCCAACUUCGACAACUACAGCGCGCCCGGGUCGACCCGACGAAUGUCCAUCAGACUUCGACGUGAUCCUAAAACUUCCGCACGAAAUUGACUGCGAUAAAUAUUAUAAUUGCAGCGAUGGAGUUAAAAUUCUGCUUAAAUGUCCGAUCGGCAAACAUUUCGAUAUGAAAUUGCAGGACUGUGACUGGGCACAGAAUGUGAACUGUGUAAGUGGUGGAGAAGAAGGGGACAAGGGUGAUGCGCUUUUACCGAACGGCUGCCCAGUUGACUUCCAUAUUCACAAAUUACUACCACAUGAAUCAGAUUGCACGAAGUUUUACUACUGCAACUUUGGAAACAAAAUUGAGAGGAAUUGUCCUGGUGGCACACAUUUUAACCCUAAGCUGCAGGUAUGUGAUUGGCCAGAAUCUGCUGGUUGUGUUAGUGGAGGAGGAGACGGUGGUGGGGAUUGGCUACCAAACGGCUGCCCGUCGGAUUUCAGUAUUCAUUGGUUAUUACCUCACGAAACGGACUGCGCUAAGUUUUACUAUUGUAAUUUUGGAGAAAAAGUUGUAAGGAAUUGUGCUCCUGGAACUCACUUUGAUCCUAAGCUGCAAGUUUGCAAUUGGCCAAAUGCUGUUAAUUGCACUUCAAUAGAAACAACAACAAGGCCGGGUACAACAGAUCCAUCAGCUGGAACGACAACAGAAUACAUUCCAACGACUACUAGAGAAACUACAGAGCCAUCUGUAGAAACGACCACAGAGUACAUUCCAACGACUACUAGAGAAACUACAGAGCCAUCUGUAGAAACGACCACAGAGUACAUUCCAACGACUACUAGAGAAACUACAGAGCCCUCAGUAGAAACGACCACAGAGACCAUUUCAUCGACUACUAGAGAAACUACAGAGCCCUCAGUAGAAACAACCACAGAGUACAUUCCAACGACUACUAGAGAAACUACAGAGCCCUCAGUAGAAACGACCACAGAGACCAUUUCAUCGACUACUAGAGAAACUACAGAGCCAUCUGUAGAAACGACUACAGAGUACAUUCCAACGACUACUAGAGAAACUACAGAGGCCUCAGUAGAAACGACUACAGAGUACAUUCCAACGACUACUAGAGAAACUACAGAGCCCUCAGUAGAAACGACUACAGAGUACAUUCCAACGACUACUAGGGAAACUACAGAGCCAUCUGUAGAAACGACCACAGAGUACAUUCCAACAACUGUAAAAGAAACUACAGAGCCCCCAGUAGAAACGACAACAGAGUACAUUCCAACGACUACUAGAGAAACUACAGAGCCAUCUGUAGAAACGACCACAGAGUACAUUCCAACGACUACUAGGGAAACUACAGAGCCAUCUGUAGAAACGACCACAGAGUACAUUCCAACGACUACUAGAGAAACUACAGAGCCCUCAGUAGAAACGACCACAGAGACCAUUUCAUCGACUACUAGAGAAACUACAGAGCCCUCAGUAGAAACGACCACAGAGUACAUUCCAACGACUACUAAAGAAACUACAGAGCCCUCAGUAGAAACGACCACAGAGACCAUUUCAUCGACUACUAGAGAAACUACAGAGCCAUCUGUAGAAACGACUACAGAGUACAUUCCAACGACUACUAAAGAAACUACAGAACCCUCAGUAGAAACGACCACAGAGUACAUUCCAACGACUACUAGAGAAACUACAGAACCCUCAGUAGAAACGACCACAGAGUACAUUCCAACGACUACUAGAGAAACAACAGAGCCAUCUGUAGAAACGACUACAGAGUACAUUCCAACGACAACUAGAGAAACUACAGAGCCAUCUGUAGAAACGACCACAGAGUACAUUCCAACGACUACUAGAGAAACUACAGAGCCAUCUGUAGAAACGACCACAGAGUACAUUCCAACGACUACUAGAGAAACUACAGAGCCAUCUGUAGAAACGACUACAGAGUACAUUCCAACGACUACUAGAGAAACUACAGAGCCCUCAGUAGAAACGACCACAGAGUACAUUCCAACGACUACUAGAGAAACUACAGAGCCCUCAGUAGAAACGACUACAGAGUACAUUCCAACUACUACUAGCGAAAUUACACAUCCAUCUGUAGAAACGACCACAGAGUACAUUCCAACGACUAUUAAAGAAAUUACAGAACCAACUACAGAAACAACAACAGAAUACAUUCCAACUUCGUCUCAAGAAACUACAAAGGCUCCUGUGGAAACUACGACGGAAGAUGUGGCGACUACAACGGAAACAGUUCAAACAACUACACCGAUUGAUAUAGAAUGUCCACCUGGAAAUCUUGGUCUAGUGCCCCAUCCUGAUUAUUGUGACGCAUAUUACAUCUGUGUUAUCGGCAAGCCGACACUAAUGUGGUGUAGUAAGGGAUAUGAAUUCGAUCCAGAGAGAAACUUUUGCGUUGAAAUAUCAGAAAAUGGUUGUUUCGCCUCACAAGGUAAAUGGACUCCAACAGUACCGGACCAGUCAACAACGGAAACGACACUUACGACAGACAACUACGGUAGUACAACAGAAUCCGAUGAAACUACUCCGAGAGAAACGACGGCACUACCUGAAGAGACAACGACAGAGUAUAUUCGAACAACCCCAUCAGAGACAACAACAACAGUUCAAGAAACUACAACCGAACAAGAAACUACAGCGCCUCCUGUUGAAACUACUACAACACGUGAAAUUACUGAACCCACAGUAGAAACUACAACUAAUCAAAUAACAACAGAAUCUGACUCUGACCCAACGACAAUUGCUAUAGAAACGACAACAAAUAAUUUGGGACCUACAACAGAGUCAGAUACGGAUAAAACAACAAUUGCUGUUGAUCCUACAACAGAAAAUUUAGCAACUACAACAGAAUCCAUUGACACAACUACACCGAUUAAUAUAGAAUGUCCACCUGGAGAUAUUGGCUUUGUGCCCCAUCCUGAUCAUUGUGACGCAUAUUACGUCUGUGUUAUGGGCAAUCCGACACUAAUUUGGUGUAGUGAGGGAUAUGAAUUCGAUCCAGAGAGAAACGCUUGCGUUGAAAUAUCGGAAAAUGGUUGUUUCGCCUCUCAAGGUAAAUGGACUCCAACCGUACCGGACCAGUCAACAACAGAAACGACACUUACGACAGACAACUACGGUAGUACAACAGAAUCCGAUGAAACUACUCCGAGAGAAACGACGGCACUACCUCAAGAGACAACGACAGAGUAUAUUCGAACAACCCCAUCAGAGACAACAACAUCAGUUCAAGAAACUACAACCGAACAAGAAACUACAGCGCCUCCUGUUGAAACUACUACAACACGUGAAAUUACUGAACCCACAGUAGAAACUACAACUAAUCAAAUAACAACAGAAUCUGACUCUGACCCAACGACAAUUGCUAUAGAAACGACAACAAAUAAUUUGGGACCUACAACAGAGUCAGAUACGGAUAAAACAACAAUUGCUGUUGAUCCUACAACAGAAAAUUUAGCAACUACAACAGAAUCCAUUGACACAACUACACCGAUUAAUAUAGAAUGUCCACCUGGAGAUAUUGGCUUUGUGCCCCAUCCUGAUCAUUGUGACGCAUAUUACGUCUGCGUUAUGGGCAAUCCGACACUAAUUUGGUGUAGUGAGGGAUAUGAGUUCGAUCCAGAGAGAAACGCUUGCGUUGAAAUAUCGGAAAAUGGUUGUUUCGCCUCUCAAGGUAAAUGGACUCCAACCGUACCGGACCAGUCAACAACAGAAACGACACUUACGACUGAUAACUACGGUAGUACAACAGAAUCCGAUGACACUACUCCGAGAGAAACGACGGCACUACCUGAAGAGACAACGACAGAGUAUAUUCGAACAACCCCAUCAGAGACAACAACAACAGUUCAAGAAACUACAACCGAACAAGAAACUACAGCGCCUCCUGUUGAAACUACUACAACACGUGAAAUUACUGAACCCACAGUAGAAACUACAACUAAUCAAAUAACAACAGAAUCUGACUCUGACCCAACGACCAUUGCUAUAGAAACGACAACAAAUAAUUUGGGACCUACAACAGAGUCAGAUACGGAUAAAACAACAAUUGCUGUUGAUUCUACAACAGAAAAUUUAGCAACUACAACAGAAUCCAUUGACACAACUACACCGAUUAAUAUAGAAUGUCCACCUGGAGAUAUUGGCUUUGUGCCCCAUCCUGAUCAUUGUGACGCAUAUUACGUCUGCGUUAUGGGCAAUCCGACACUAAUUUGGUGUAGUGAGGGAUAUGAGUUCGAUCCAGAGAGAAACGCUUGCGUUGAAAUAUCGGAAAAUGGUUGUUUCGCAUCGCAAGGUAAAUGGACUCCAACGGUACCGGACCUGUCAACAACAGAAACGACACUUACGACUGAUAAAUACGGUAGUACAACAGAAUCCGAUGAUUCUACUCCGAGAGAAACGACGGUACUACCUGAAGAGACAACGACAGAGUAUAUUCGAACAACCCCAUCAGAGACAACAACAACAGUUCAAGAAAUUACAACCGAACAAGAAACUACAGCGCCUCCUGUUGAAACUACUACAACACGUGAAAUUACUGAACCCACAGUAGAAACUACAACUAAUCAAAUAACAACAGAAUCUGACUCUGACCCAACGACAAUUGCUAUAGAAACGACAACAAAUAAUUUGGGACCUACAACAGAGUCAGAUACGGAUAAAACAACAAUUGCUGUUGAUCCUACAACAGAAAAUUUAGCAACUACAACAGAAUCCAUUGACACAACUACACCGAUUAAUAUAGAAUGUCCACCUGGAGAUAUUGGCUUUGUGCCCCAUCCUGAUCAUUGUGACGCAUAUUACGUUUGCGUUAUGGGCAAUCCGACACUAAUUUGGUGUAGUGAGGGAUAUGAGUUCGAUCCAGAGAGAAACGCUUGCGUUGAAAUAUCGGAAAAUGGUUGUUUCGCCUCGCAAGGUAAAUGGACUCCAACCGUACCGGACCAGUCAACAACAGAAACCACACUUACGACUGAUAACUACGGUAGUACAACAGAAUCCGAUGAAACUACUCCGAGAGAAACGACGGCACUACCUGAAGAGACAACGACAGAGUAUAUUCGAACAACCCCAUCAGAGACAACAACAACAGUUCAAGAAACUACAACCGAACAAGAAACUACAGCGCCUCCUGUUGAAACUACUACAACACGUGAAAUUACUGAACCCACAGUAGAAACUACAACUAAUCAAAUAACAACAGAAUCUGACUCUGACCCAACGACAAUUGCUAUAGAAACGACAACAAAUAAUUUGGCACCUACAACAGAGUCAGAUACGGAUAAAACAACAAUUGCUGUUGAUCCUACAACAGAAAAUUUAGCAACUACAACAGAAUCCAUUGACACAACUACACCGAUUAAUAUAGAAUGUCCACCUGGAGAUAUUGGCUUUGUGCCCCAUCCUGAUCAUUGUGACGCAUAUUACGUCUGCGUUAUGGGCAAUCCGACACUAAUUUGGUGUAGUGAGGGAUAUGAGUUCGAUCCAGAGAGAAACGCCUGCGUUGAAAUAUCAGAAAACGGUUGUUUCGCCUCGCAAGGUAAAUGGACUCCAACAGUUCCAGACCAGUCAACAACAGAAACGACACUUACGACUGAUAACUACGGUAGUACAACAGAAUCCGAUGAAACUACUCCGAGAGAAACGACGGCACUACCUGAAGAGACAACGACAGAGUAUAUUCGAACAACCCCAUCAGAGACAACAACAACAGUUCAAGAAACUACAACCGAACAAGAAACUACAGCGCCUCCUGUUGAAACUACUACAACACGUGAAAUUACUGAACCCACAGUAGAAACUACAACUAAUCAAAUAACAACAGAAUCUGACUAUGACCCAACGACCAUUGCUAUAGAAACGACAACAAAUAAUUUGGGACCUACAACAGAGUCAGAUACGGAUAAAACAACAAUUGCUGUUGAUUCUACAACAGAAAAUUUAGCAACUACAACAGAAUCCAUUGACACAACUACACCGAUUAAUAUAGAAUGUCCACCUGGAGAUAUUGGCUUUGUGCCCCAUCCCGAUCAUUGUGACGCAUAUUACGUCUGCGUUAUGGGCAAUCCGACACUAAUUUGGUGUAGUGAGGGAUAUGAAUUCGAUCCAGAGAGAAACGCUUGCGUUGAAAUAUCGGAAAAUGGUUGUUUCGCAUCGCAAGGUAAAUGGACUCCAACAGUACCGGACCUGUCAACAACAGAAACGACACUUACGACUGAUAAAUACGGUAGUACAACAGAAUCCGAUGAUUCUACUCCGAGAGAAACGACGGUACUACCUGAAGAGACAACGACAGAGUAUAUUCGAACAACCCCAUCAGAGACAACAACAUCAGUUCAAGAAACUACAACCGAACAAGAAACUACAGCGCCUCCUGUUGAAACUACAACAACACGUGAAAUUACUGAACCCACAGUAGAAACUACAACUAAUCAAAUAACAACAGAAUCUGACUCUGACCCAACGACAAUUGCUAUAGAAACGACAACAAAUAAUUUGGGACCUACAACAGAGUCAGAUACGGAUAAAACAACAAUUGCUGUUGAUCCUACAACAGAAAAUUUAGCAACUACAACAGAAUCCAUUGACACAACUACACCGAUUAAUAUAGAAUGUCCACCUGGAAAUAUUGGCUUUGUGCCCCAUCCUGAUCAUUGUGACGCAUAUUACGUCUGCGUUAUGGGCAAUCCGACACUAAUUUGGUGUAGUGAGGGAUAUGAGUUCGAUCCAGAGAGAAACGCUUGCGUUGAAAUAUCGGAAAAUGGUUGUUUCGCCUCUCAAGGUAAAUGGACUCCAACCGUACCGGACCAGUCAACAACAGAAACCACACUUACGACUGAUAACUACGGUAGUACAACAGAAUCCGAUGACACUACUCCGAGAGAAACGACGGCACUACCUGAAGAGACAACGACAGAGUAUAUUCGAACAACCCCAUCAGAGACAACAACAACAGUUCAAGAAACUACAACCGAACAAGAAACUACAGCGCCUCCUGUUGAAACUACAACAACACGUGAAAUUACUGAACCCACAGUAGAAACUACAACUAAUCAAAUAACAACAGAAUCUGACUCUGACCCAACGACAAUUGCUAUAGAAACGACAACAAGUAAUUUGGCACCUACAACAGAGUCACAUACGGAUAAAACAACAAUUGCUGUUGAUCCUACAACAGAAAAUUUAGCAACUACAACAGAAUCCAUUGACACAACUACACCGAUUAAUAUAGAAUGUCCACCUGGAAAUAUUGGCUUUGUGCCCCAUCCCGAUCAUUGUGACGCAUAUUACGUCUGCGUUAUGGGCAAUCCGACACUAAUUUGGUGUAGUGAGGGAUAUGAAUUCGAUCCAGAGAGAAACGCCUGCGUUGAAAUAUCAGAAAACGGUUGUUUCGCCUCGCAAGGUAAAUGGACUCCAACAGUUCCAGACCAGUCAACAACAGAAACGACACUUACGACUGAUAACUACGGUAGUACAACAGAAUCCGAUGAAACUACUCCGAGAGAAACGACGGUACUACCUGAAGAGACAACGACAGAGUAUAUUCGAACAACCCCAUCAGAGACAACAACAACAGUUCAAGAAACUACAACCGAACAAGAAACUACAGCGCCUCCUGUUGAAACUACUACAACACGUGAAAUUACUGAACCCACAGUAGAAACUACAACUAAUCAAAUAACAACAGAAUCUGACUCUGACCCAACGACAAUUGCUAUAGAAACGACAACAAAUAAUUUGGGACCUACAACAGAGUCAGAUACGGAUAAAACAACAAUUGCUGUUGAUCCUACAACAGAAAAUUUAGCAACUACAACAGAAUCCAUUGACACAACUACACCGAUUAAUAUAGAAUGUCCACCUGGAGAUAUUGGCUUUGUGCCCCAUCCUGAUCAUUGUGACGCAUAUUACGUCUGCGUUAUGGGCAAUCCGACACUAAUUUGGUGUAGUGAGGGAUAUGAGUUCGAUCCAGAGAGAAACGCUUGCGUUGAAAUAUCGGAAAAUGGUUGUUUCGCCUCGCAAGGUAAAUGGACUCCAACCGUACCGGACCAGUCAACAACAGAAACGACACUUACGACUGAUAACUACGGUAGUACAACAGAAUCCGAUGACACUACUCCGAGAGAAACGACGGCACUACCUGAAGAGACAACGACAGAGUAUAUUCGAACAACCCCAUCAGAGACAACAACAACAGUUCAAGAAACUACAACCGAACAAGAAACUACAGCGCCUCCUGUUGAAACUACUACAACACGUGAAAUUACUGAACCCACAGUAGAAACUACAACUAAUCAAAUAACAACAGAAUCUGACUCUGACCCAACGACAAUUGCUAUAGAAACGACAACAAAUAAUUUGGGACCUACAACAGAGUCAGAUACGGAUAAAACAACAAUUGCUGUUGAUCCUACAACAGAAAAUUUAGCAACUACAACAGAAUCCAUUGACACAACUACACCGAAUAAUAUAGAAUGUCCACCUGGAGAUAUUGGCUUUGUGCCCCAUCCCGAUCAUUGCGACGCAUAUUACGUCUGCGUUAUGGGCAAUCCGACACUAAUUUGGUGUAGUGAGGGAUAUGAGUUCGAUCCAGAGAGAAACGCUUGCGUUGAAAUAUCGGAAAAUGGUUGUUUCGCCUCUCAAGGUAAAUGGACUCCAACCGUACCGGACCAGUCAACAACAGAAACGACACUUACGACUGAUAACUACGGUAGUACAACAGAAUCCGAUGACACUACUCCGAGAGAAACGACGGCACUACCUGAAGAGACAACGACAGAGUAUAUUCGAACAACCCCAUCAGAGACAACAACAACAGUUCAAGAAACUACAACCGAACAAGAAACUACAGCGCCUUCUGUUGAAACUACUACAACACGUGAAAUUACUGAACCCACAGUAGAAACUACAACUAAUCAAAUAACAACAGAAUCUGACUCUGACCCAACGACAAUUGCUAUAGAAACGACAACAAAUAAUUUGGGACCUACAACAGAGUCAGAUACGGAUAAAACAACAAUUGCUGUUGAUCCUACAACAGAAAAUUUAGCAACUACAACAGAAUCCAUUGACACAACUACACCGAUUAAUAUAGAAUGUCCACCUGGAGAUAUUGGCUUUGUGCCCCAUCCUGAUCAUUGUGACGCAUAUUACGUCUGCGUUAUGGGCAAUCCGACACUAAUUUGGUGUAGUGAGGGAUAUGAAUUCGAUCCAGAGAGAAACGCUUGCGUUGAAAUAUCGGAAAAUGGUUGUUUCGCCUCGCAAGGUAAAUGGACUCCAACCGUACCGGACCAGUCAACAACAGAAACGACACUUACGACUGAUAACUACGGUAGUACAACAGAAUCCGAUGAAACUACUCCGAGAGAAACGACGGUACUACCUGAAGAGACAACGACAUCAGUUCAAGAAACUACAACCGAACAAGAAACUACAGCGCCUCCUGUUGAAACUACAACAACACGUGAAAUUACUGAACCCACAGUAGAAACUACAACUAAUCAAAUAACAACAGAAUCUGACUCUGACCCAACGACAAUUGCUAUAGAAACGACAACAAAUAAUUUGGGACCUACAACAGAGUCAGAUACGGAUAAAACAACAAUUGCUGUUGAUCCUACAACAGAAAAUUUAGCAACUACAACAGAAUCCAUUGACACAACUACACCGAUUAAUAUAGAAUGUCCACCUGGAGAUAUUGGCUUUGUGCCCCAUCCUGAUCAUUGUGACGCAUAUUACGUCUGCGUUAUGGGCAAUCCGACACUAAUUUGGUGUAGUGAGGGAUAUGAAUUCGAUCCAGAGAGAAACGCUUGCGUUGAAAUAUCGGAAAAUGGUUGUUUCGCAUCGCAAGGUAAAUGGACUCCAACAGUACCGGACCUGUCAACAACAGAAACGACACUUACGACUGAUAACUACGGUAGUACAACAGAAUCCGAUGAAACUACUCCGAGAGAAACGACGGUACUACCUGAAGAGACAACGACAUCAGUUCAAGAAACUACAACCGAACAAGAAACUACAGCGCCUCCUGUUGAAACUACAACAACACGUGAAAUUACUGAACCCACAGUAGAAACUACAACUAAUCAAAUAACAACAGAAUCUGACUCUGACCCAACGACAAUUGCUAUAGAAACGACAACAAAUAAUUUGGGACCUACAACAGAGUCAGAUACGGAUAAAACAACAAUUGCUGUUGAUCCUACAACAGAAAAUUUAGCAACUACAACAGAAUCCAUUGACACAACUACACCGAUUAAUAUAGAAUGUCCACCUGGAGAUAUUGGCUUUGUGCCCCAUCCUGAUCAUUGUGACGCAUAUUACGUCUGCGUUAUGGGCAAUCCGACACUAAUUUGGUGUAGUGAGGGAUAUGAGUUCGAUCCAGAGAGAAACGCUUGCGUUGAAAUAUCGGAAAAUGGUUGUUUCGCCUCUCAAGGUAAAUGGACUCCAACCGUACCGGACCAGUCAACAACAGAAACGACACUUACGACUGAUAACUACGGUAGUACAACAGAAUCCGAUGACACUACUCCGAGAGAAACGACGGCACUACCUGAAGAGACAACGACAGAGUAUAUUCGAACAACCCCAUCAGAGACAACAACAACAGUUCAAGAAACUACAACCGAACAAGAAACUACAGCGCCUCCUGUUGAAACUACUACAACACGUGAAAUUACUGAACCCACAGUAGAAACUACAACUAAUCAAAUAACAACAGAAUCUGACUCUGACCCAACGACAAUUGCUAUAGAAACGACAACAAAUAAUUUGGGACCUACAACAGAGUCAGAUACGGAUAAAACAACAAUUGCUGUUGAUCCUACAACAGAAAAUUUAGCAACUACAACAGAAUCCAUUGACACAACUACACCGAUUAAUAUAGAAUGUCCACCUGGAGAUAUUGGCUUUGUGCCCCAUCCUGAUCAUUGUGACGCAUAUUACGUCUGCGUUAUGGGCAAUCCGACACUAAUUUGGUGUAGUGAGGGAUAUGAGUUCGAUCCAGAGAGAAACGCUUGCGUUGAAAUAUCGGAAAAUGGUUGUUUCGCCUCGCAAGGUAAAUGGACUCCAACCGUACCGGACCAGUCAACAACAGAAACGACACUUACGACUGAUAACUACGGUAGUACAACAGAAUCCGAUGACACUACUCCGAGAGAAACGACGGCACUACCUGAAGAGACAACGACAGAGUAUAUUCGAACAACCCCAUCAGAGACAACAACAACAGUUCAAGAAACUACAACCGAACAAGAAACUACAGCGCCUCCUGUUGAAACUACUACAACACGUGAAAUUACUGAACCCACAGUAGAAACUACAACUAAUCAAAUAACAACAGAAUCUGACUCUGACCCAACGACAAUUGCUAUAGAAACGACAACAAAUAAUUUGGGACCUACAACAGAGUCAGAUACGGAUAAAACAACAAUUGCUGUUGAUCCUACAACAGAAAAUUUAGCAACUACAACAGAAUCCAUUGACACAACUACACCGAUUAAUAUAGAAUGUCCACCUGGAGAUAUUGGCUUUGUGCCCCAUCCUGAUCAUUGUGACGCAUAUUACGUCUGCGUUAUGGGCAAUCCGACACUAAUUUGGUGUAGUGAGGGAUAUGAAUUCGAUCCAGAGAGAAACGCUUGCGUUGUAAUAUCGGAAAAUGGUUGUUUCGCCUCGCAAGGUAAAUGGACGCCCACAGAACCAGACCAGUCAACAACAGAAAUGUUAGUUACAACAGAUCAAUAUGGUAGUACAACUGCGUCUACUGAAAAUAUGACUGUAGACUCUAUUGAAACUACUACAGGAGUCUAUGGCACUACUGUAGAAUCUGCUGAAACAACCACGGGAGUUACUGGAACCACGGAAGACUCUUCUGAAACAACUACGGGAGUAAGUGGUACUACUGCUGACUCUGCUGAAACAACUACGGGAGCAACUGGAACUACUGUAGACUCUGCUGAAACAACGAUGGGAUAUGGAACUACUGUAGACUCUGCUGAAACAACGACUGGAGUCACUGGAACCACUGUAGACUCUUCUGAAACGACUAUUGGAGUAACUGGAACUACUGUAGACUCUGCUGAAUCAACGACUGGAGUCACUGGAACCACUGUAGACUCUUCUGAAACGACUAUUGGAGUAACUGAAACUACUGUAGACUCUGCUGAAUCAACGACUGGAGUUACUGGAACCACUGUAGACUCUUCUGAAACAACCACAGAAGUGACUGGAAACACUGUAGACUCUUCUGAAACAACUACGGGAGUAACUGGUACUACUGUGGACUCUGUUGAAACAACGACUGGAGUCACUGGAACCACCAUAGACUCUUCUGAGACAACUACGGGAGUAACUGGAACUACUGUAGACUCUGUUGAAACAACGACGAGAGUCACUGGUACUACUGCAGAAUCUGCUGAAACAACAACUGAAAUCACUGGAACUACUGUAGACUCUUCUGAAACAACUACGGAAGUAACUGGAACUACUGUAGACUCUGUUGAAACAACGACGGGAAUCACUGGUACUACUAUAGACUCUUCUGAAACAACUACGGGAGUAACUGGUACUACUGUGGACUCUGUUGAAACAACGACUGGAGUCACUGGAACCACUGUAGACUCUGAUGAAACUACCACAGGAGUGACUGGAACCACUGUAGACUCUGCUGAAACAACAACAGGAGUGACUGGAACCACUGUAGACUCUGCUGAAACAACGACUGGAGUCACUGGAACCACUGUAGACUCUUCUGAAACGACUACGGGAGUAACUGGAACUACUGUAGACUCUGCUGAAGCAACGACUGGAGUCACUGGAACCACUGUAGACUCUUCUGAAACAACCACAGGAGUUACUGGAACUACUGUAGACUCUUCUGAAACAACUACGGGAGUAACUGGUACUACUGUGGACUCUGUUGAAACAACGACUGGAGUCACUGGAACCACUGUAGACUCUGAUGAAACUACCACAGGAGUGACUGGAACCACUGUAGACUCUGCUGAAACAACAACAGGAGUGACUGGAACCACUGUAGACUCUGCUGAAACAACGACUGGAGUCACUGGAACCACUGUAGACUCUUCUGAAACGACUACGGGAGUAACUGGAACUACUGUAGACUCUGCUGAAGCAACGACUGGAGUCACUGGAACCACUGUAGACUCUUCUGAAACAACCACAGGAGUUACUGGAACUACUGUAGACUCUUCUGAAACAACUACGGGAGUAACUGGUACUACUGUAGACUCUGUUGAAACAACGACGAGAGUCACUGGUACUACUGCAGAAUCUGCUGAAACAACAACUGAAAUCACUGGAACUACUGUAGACUCUUCUGAAACAACUACGGAAGUAACUGGAACUACUGUAGACUCUGUUGAAACAACGACGGGAAUCACUGGUACUACUAUAGACUCUGCUGAAACAACUACAGGAGUGACUGGAACCACCGUAGACUCUGCUGAAACAACGACGGGAGUAACUGGAUCGACUGUAGAUUCCGCAGAAACAACCACUGGAGUGACUGGAACCACUGUAGACUCUGCUGAAACUACCACAGGAGUGACUGGGACCACUGUAGACUCUGCUGAAACAACGACUGGAGUCACUGGAACCACUGUAGACUCUUCUGAAACGACUACGGGAGUAACUGGAACUACUGUAGACUCUGCUGAAGCAACGACUGAAGUCACUGGAACCACUGUAGACUCUUCUGAAACAACCACAGGAGUUACUGGAACUACUGUAGACUCUUCUGAAACAACUACGGGAGUAACUGGUACUACUGUGGACUCUGUUGAAACAACGACUGGAGUCACUGGAACCACUGUAGACUCUACUGAAACUACCACAGGAGUGACUGGAACCACUGUAGACUUUGCUGAAACAACAACGGGAGAGUCAGGUACCACUGUUGUAACGGAAGUGACAACCCCACCCAAUAUUUGUCCUCCUGGAGUAUUUGGAAAUGUUCCACAUCCAGAACUUUGUGAUGUAUAUUAUAUGUGUAUGGCCGGAAUACCAACACUUUUACCUUGCACCGAAGGCUACGAAUUUGAUCCAGCAGAAGGGCAAUGCGUUGUUAUAUCAGAAAAUGGCUGUUUCGCAUCUAAGGGUAUGUGGACCCCUACAGAACAACAUCCAACAACAACAGAAUCGUCACAUAUAACAACAGACACUUCACGAACAACAACUGAUGACCCUAUAGAAACAACCACAGCAGGAUCUGGUAGUACAGCAGACUCUGGAGACACUACAAUGGGAGUGACUGGUACUACUGAUGAUUCUAUUGAAACAACCACGGGAGAAACUGGCACCACUGCAGUCUCUAGUGAAUCAACCACAGGAGGAACUGGCACUACUGGUGUUUCUGUCGACACUACAAUCGGAGCAACUGGUACCACUGUUGACUCUAUUGAUACAACCACGGGAGUGUCUGGUUCUACUGUAGAUACUAUUGAAACAACAACUGGAGUCACUGGUACCACUGUUGUCACGGAAGUGACCACUCCACCCAAUAUUUGUCCUCCUGGAGUGUUUGGAAAUGUUCCACAUCCAGAACUUUGUGAUGUAUAUUAUAUGUGUAUGGCCGGAAUACCAACACUUUUACCUUGCACCGAAGGCUACGAAUUUGAUCCAGCAGUAGGGCAAUGCGUUGUUAUAUCCGAAAAUGGCUGUUUCGCAUCUAAGGGUAUGUGGACCCCUACAGAACAACAUCCGACAACAACAGAAUCAUCACAUAUAACAACAGACAUAUCACAGACAGCAACUGAUGACCCUAUAGAAACAACCACUGGAGGAUCUGAUAGUACAGCAGAUUCUGGUGACACUACAAUGGGAGUAACUGGCACCACUGAUGACCCUAUAGAAACAACCACAGCAGGAUCUGGUAGUACAGCAGACUCUGGAGACACUACAAUGGGAGUGACUGGUACUACUGAUGACUCUAUUGAAACAACCACGGGAGAAACUGGCACCACUGCAGACUCUAGUGAAUCAACCACAGGAGGAACUGGCACUACUGGUGUUUCUGUCGACACUACAAUCGGAGGAACUGGUACCACUGAUGACUCUAUUGGUACAACCACGGGAGUGUCUGGUUCUACUGUAGAUACUAUUGAAACAACAACUGGAGUCACUGGUACCACUGUUGUCACGGAAGUGACCACUCCACCCAAUAUUUGUCCUCCUGGAGUGUUUGGAAAUGUUCCACAUCCAGAACUUUGUGAUGUAUAUUAUAUGUGUAUGGCCGGAAUACCAACACUUUUACCUUGCACUGAAGGCUAUGAAUUUGAUCCAGCAGAAGGGCAAUGCGUUGUUAUAUCAGAAAAUGGCUGUUUCGCAUCUAAGGGUAUGUGGACCCCUACAGAACAAAAUCCGACAACAACAGAAUCAUCACAUAUAACAACAGACAUAUCACAGACAGCAACUGAAGACCCGAUUGACACAACAACAGAAGGAUCUGGUAGUACAGCAGACUCUGAUGGCACUACGAUGGGAGUGACUGGUACUACUGAUGACUCUAUCGAAACAACCACGGGAGAGACUGGCACCACUGCAGACUCUGGUGAAUCAACCACAGGCAUGACUAGCACCACUGCAGACUCUGUUGAAUCAACCACAGGAGGGACUGGCACUCCUGGUGUUUCUGUCGACACUACAUUGGGAGUGACUGGUACAACUGAUGAUUCCAUUGAAACCACCACGGGAGAGUCAGGUACCACUAUUGUAACGGAAGUGACAACUCCACCCAAUAUUUGUUCUCCUGGAGUGUUUGGAAAUGUUCCACAUCCAGAACUUUGUGAUGUAUAUUAUAUGUGUAUGGCUGGAAUACCAACACUUUUACCUUGCACCGAAGGCUACGAAUUUGAUCCAGCAGUUGGGCAAUGUGUUGUGAUAUCUGGAGAUGGAUGUUUCGCUUCGAAGGGCAAGUGGACACCAACAGAAUCAAAUGAUCACACCGAUAUUUCUGUUCAAUCCACAAUCAAUGAAGACACUACAUCAGGUGAAGUAGAUGCAGACCACACACCAGAAGAAAAAGAUAUUACUGAUACUUCUACGAUUAACAAUAAGCCUGGCGAUCAAGAAUCAACAUCUGUUUUAAUACCAACAACAGGAGAAAAUGGUCAAAUAACAACAGAGCUUAUAGAAACUACAACGAUAAAUGUAUGCCCCCCUAAUUUCUCUGGUAUUAUUCCUGACCCAGAAAGAUGCGACAGGUUCUUCCAUUGCACCGUUGGGCAUCCCAUUGCACUCUAUUGUGGUGCUGGAUUUGAAUUCGAUAUAAACGCUCAGCGUUGUGUGCCUAUAACAGAAGAUGGCUGCUAUGCAUCGAAAGGCUUAUGGACUCCCACUGAAUCACAAACAACAGAACAAGAGACAGAACAACCAGAAGUUACAACAAAUGCAGAUUUAUCAACAACAAUAUCUGAUAUAGUUAUCGGAGACAAUGAUAAAGCUACUUCAGAAUCUGCAGAAAUAACAACAUUAGAUGCAGAACGUUUAGAAACGACUUCUUCUCCGAUCGAAGUAACAACAGCUAGUAUUUGUCCACCUAAUGUCUUCGGUAACGUACCUGACCCUGUCAGAUGCGACAAGUUCUACAUGUGUACCGGUGGUACGGCCAUUCCAUUAUAUUGUGGAAAAGGCUUCGAAUUCGACUCAAAUGUUCAGAAAUGCGUGAUAAUAUCCGAAAACGGAUGCUUCGCGUCAAGAGGUAUACCAUCAGAAGAUCACACCGAGAACUUGGUGGUAACGACAGACCACAAAAUGAAUGAAAACUCUCAAACAACAGUAAAUGUUGAAACUACAUCAGAAGACACAAUAACAACACCAGAUAUUUGUCCCCCGGGGGUGUUUGGAAACGUCCCGGAUCCGGAGAACUGUAACAAGUUCUAUAUAUGUACCUCUGGUAUAUCAAUACCCUUGUAUUGCAGUGAAGGGUUUGAAUUUGAUCCUGUGGCAAAGAAUUGCGUCGUAAUAUCAGACCAUGGCUGCACCGCAUCGAAAUCUUAAAAGACUGGAUUUGAAAACGGACAAUUGAUAUACGGCCUUAAAAUAAAUACAAAUUGAAAAAAUAAAAAUCAAGAAAUGUCAUUUAACAAUGACAAAGUUAUUUCUGCAAUGGUAAAAAAAACAUGUUACGAAAUUGUGUCG